AGGAAUCCAGUGCGGGUACCCUUCCCCCUCGGCACCUGGCACCAUCCAUCUCCCGCUCCAUCCGGCAGCCGGACAUCCGCUCAGCCAGGCCAGGCAGGGAGGCGGCCAGGGCCUGGCACAGAGCGAGGGCACUGUGGGCAUGGGGGACCUGCCGGGCUGGCUGGCUGUGCUCGGGGCACUGGUGCUGUCAGGUGGGCUCUGUGUGAAUGAGGAGGAGCGGCUCAUCCACCACCUCUUUGAGGAGAAGGGCUAUGACAAGGAGAUGCGCCCCGUCACCUCCAGUGACCAGGUUGUGGACGUCUACCUGGCUCUCACCCUCUCCAACCUCAUCUCACUGAAAGAGGUGGAUGAGACGCUCACCACCAACGUAUGGCUAGAGCACGGCUGGACUGACUACCGCCUGCAGUGGAACAAGUCCGAGUAUGGGGACAUCGAGGUGCUCCGCCUGCCACCAGACAUGCUGUGGCUGCCUGAGAUAGUCCUGGAGAACAACAAUGACGGGCUCUUUGAGGUCGCUUACUACUGCAAUGUCCUCAUCUACAACACGGGCUAUGUUUACUGGCUGCCGCCCGCCAUCUUCCGCAGUGCCUGUCCCAUCAACGUCGACUUCUUCCCCUUCGACUGGCAGAACUGCACCCUCAAAUUCAGCUCGCUGGCAUACAGUGCCCUGGAGAUCAGCAUGCACUUGAAAGAGGACAGUGACCCAGAGACGGGCAAGUAUUACCCAGUGGAGUGGAUCAUCAUUGACCCUGAAGGCUUCACAGAGAAUGGGGAAUGGGAAAUAAUCCACCGCCCAGCCCGCAAGAACAUCCACCCCGAAAACCCUCCUGAGAGCAGCGGGCACCAGGACAUCACCUUCUACCUCAUUAUCAAGCGCAAGCCACUCUUCUAUAUCAUCAACAUCGUCACGCCCUGCAUCCUCAUUGCCUUUAUGGCCAUCCUUGUCUUCUACCUACCCGCUGACAGUGGUGAGAAGAUGACCUUGGUGAUCUCGGUACUCCUGGCCCAGUCUGUCUUCCUCCUGCUCAUCUCCCAGCGCCUGCCUGCCACCUCCCAUGCUAUCCCCCUCAUCGGCAAGUAUCUGCUUUUUAUCAUGCUUCUGGUGACAGCUGUGGUGGUGAUCUGCGUUGUGGUCCUCAACUUCCAUUUCCGCACCCCCAGCACCCACAUCAUGUCCAACUGGGUCAGAGAGGUUUUUCUGGAGAGCCUGCCCCCGCUGCUGGGCAUGUCAAAGCCGGCCGAGAGCCCAGCGGGUGCCCCAUGCAUCCGGCGCUUCAGCUCAGCCGGCUACAUCGCCAAGGCAGAGGAGUACUUCAGUGUUAAGUCCCGCAGCGAGCUCAUGUUUGAGAAGCAGUCAGAGCGGCACGGGCUGGCCAGCCGCGUCACCCCUGCCCGGUUGCAACCGCUGGGCAUGGGCACAGGCGAGGAGCAGCUCUAUGAGCACAUAAAACCUGUUGUUGAUAACGCCAACUUCAUUGUCAAGCACAUGCGGGAGAAGAACAGCUACAACGAGGAGAAGGACAACUGGAACCAGGUGGCCCGGACCCUGGAUCGCCUCUGCCUCUUCCUCAUCACCCCUAUGCUAGUGGUGGGCACGCUCUGGAUCUUCCUCAUGGGCAUCUACAACCACCCGCCGCCACUGCCCUUUGCCGGAGACCCCUAUAACUACCAGGAGGAGAACAAGCGCUUCAUCUAGGAGAGCGGGGGUACCAAGUGCCAACCUCCCAUCACCUGCC